GGGGCCAUCAAACAGCAGGAAUUGAGUGUCAGGCUGAAGCCCAGGCAGACUAGAAGAGGGUCCGGCUGCAGUUGGGAGGUCGGAGAAGACGAGGGCAGGAAUACACUGGCGGCCUCGUGUGUUUUCAUUGUGUCAGUGUGUGUGCGACGUUCCUUAACAGGUCUGAGCUGCUGUACACAACUGUGCAGGGCCGUCUCUGUGAGUGGCAUUGUAUAGGGCUAUUUUGCUUUAUGCCAAUCUACAACAGCACUCUGGCUAUUUCAGUUAUCCAGCGAAUAAUCCCAACCAGUCAAACACGAUGGCAGACGAAGAUCUCAUCUUUAGCAUGGAGGGCCUUGAUAACAUCAAUUCGACCAAAGACCGAUGCUCAGAUUACAACAAGGACGACAGUGACGAGGAAGACAAUUUCUACAUCUGCCCCAUCACCGAUGACCCAGCUUCACACCAUGAGACCAACAAGAAAAAUCCACAUUUCUUUACCAACUUGGUGAAACAGACAGAGUAUGGAACCAGUUCCUCCCCAAGGAACUCCUUCAAUUUCAAGAAUGGACAGUCCAAAGAUUCUGUGCAUGGCUGCUUGGCUGAACGAGGUCGGGAGGCCUGGAAACAUGCCAUUCAGAAAGCUAAGCAGAUGCCUGAUCCGUGGGCCGAGUUUCACUUGGAAGAAAUUGAGACGGAGCAUGCUACCAGGCACAGGUAUAAUGCUGUAUCUGGCCAGUGGGUUCAAGAUGAUGUGCUAAUUAAAAUGGCCUCUCAGGCGUUUGGCAGGGGAGCCAUGAGAGAAUGUUACAGAACGAAAAAACUCUCCAACUUCUCACAUAAACAGCAGUGGAAAAGUGCAUAUAAUUAUGUCGCCAAACGAUACUUAGAGACUGUGGACAGAGACGUGUACUUUGAAGAUGUCCGACUCCAGAUGGAGGCAAAGCUGUGGGGAGAGGAAUAUAACAGACACAAGCCACCAAAGCAGGUGGACAUUGUGCAAAUGUGCAUUAUUGAAAUGAAGGACAGGCCUGGCAAACCGCUUUUUCACCUUGAACAUUACAUCGAGGGAAAGUAUAUUAAAUAUAACUCAAAUUCUGGGUUUGUACGAGAUGACAAUAUCCGCCUCACUCCUCAGGCCUUUAGUCAUUUCACAUUUGAGCGCUCAGGACAUCAGCUGAUUGUUGUUGACAUACAAGGAGUUGGUGAUUUAUACACUGAUCCGCAGAUCCACACAGAGAGUGGGACGGAUUUUGGAGAUGGAAAUUUAGGGGUACGAGGAAUGGCUUUGUUCUUUCAUUCCCAUGCUUGCAACAGAAUUUGCAAAAGCAUGGGACUGACACCCUUUGACAUUUCGCCCCGAGAAAAGUCUGUUUUGGAUAACUGCGCCAAAAUGUUGCAAAGAGCCCAGACUGUUGUUCGUGGCAUUGAAGAGAAAUGUGGCAGCAACCGGGUCAGAACUAUGUCUGGCAGCCGCCCACCUCUUCUCUCUCGUCUCUCUGAAAAUUCUGGAGAUGACAUAAGCGACAUGGCAUUCGAUUCCUUACCCAGCUCACCUUCCCCAGUCACCCCUCAUGGACAUAGAUUUGAUUCUCAUGGUUGGCCUAUUUUUAACGAGGUUGACAACUUACAUAACGAAGAAAACAAUAACUUGGACAAUCACAGAGACUCUGAAAAUGGAGGGGAUAGUGGAUGUCCCAGUGAAAAGAGAAGUGAAUCCGAUGAACUGGAACACAGAAUCCAUAACGUCGGCAGGAGACGUGUUGAGUCAGAAUCUGAGGACAGUUUUGGAAAGGUCAGCGUUGAGAAAUGGAACCAGUUCCACGCUUCUCGAGUUAAUGUCCACAGACCCUCCUGUGUGGCUUUUGAAGUACAAAGACUUAAUGCUCUGGAACUAGAGAAGAAAAUUGGGAAAUCGAUUCUUGGAAAGGUUCACUUGGCCAUGGUGCGUUAUCAUGAAGGGGGACGUUUCUGUGAGAAAGACAAGGAAUGGGAUCAGGAAUCUGCCAUUUUUCAUCUGGAACAUGCUGCUCAUUGUGGGGAACUUGAAGCCAUUAUUGGACUUGGCCUCAUGUACUUGCAGUCGCCCCAUCACAUAUUGACUGAUGUAACUGUUCAGGACACGGGAGAUAACAGAAUAAAGGGAUUCAACUAUUUGUUGAUGGCAGCAGAAGCCGGAGACCGUCCUUCCAUGAUUCACGUUGCCCGAGCUUUCGACACUGGUGUGAAUCUUGGUUCUGACAGGAUACAGGACUGGCAAGAAGCCCUCUUCUGGUACGAUUCUGCACUCAACAUGACAGAUUAUGAUGAAGGUGGCGAAUAUGAUGGAACUCAAGAUGAACCAAAAUACUUGCUGCUGGCCAGAGAGGCGGAAAUGUUACUUACUGGGGGAUUUAACCUUCAGAAGGACCCACAGCGAUCUGGUGACUUGUACACAGAAGCGGCUGAGGCAGCAAUGGAAGCAAUGAAAGGAAGGUUAGCCAAUCAGUACUACCAGAAGGCAGAGGAGGCCUGGGCCUGUAUGGAGGAGUAGUACUUCUGGCCUUGAACAAAAGCACAAAGGCAGCUUAACAAUGGCAGCAGACUGAACCAUUUGAGUUUGUUACAGAAUUUGUUUAUAUUUCCUGGAUUGUUCUAAUGCUUGUUUACAUUGAGAAAAUAUACAGAAUCUUAUAUUUUGUAAGUGAUAUUUGAGGGGCUGAGUAUAUCCACAGUUCUACUCCCUGUCAGUGUACCUUUUUACCAACCUAAAAAGCAAAUUUCUGCACCUUAACUUGCAUUGCCAGACGGCAACCUUUUCCCUGUAUCGCAGGAAUCAUUUAUCUCACAUGUACAAAUCCACAAAUAGGAACGAUAUAAUUAACAUGUUUACCCAUGCUGGCUGCCUUCAAGGCAACUAUAAUUCUAGGAUUUAUUGUUCCUGCACCAAAGAAAGUUUUAAUAUAUAUGGGCAUAAAUUAGAGGUUAUUCUGCUUAUACAUGGAGGACAAUCAUAAGCAAACAUAAUAAUUAUAUGUUUUGACUUGGUCCAUACUGAGCCCCCAGGGCCAUCUCCACUGCUGUGUUGUCUGCUCCACGAGUAUUGUAAAGGAAUGCCACUGCCAGUGAUUUAUGGUGUUAUGUUGGCUGCAGUUUUCCUAGAGAAGGUAAUGUUUAUCAAGAUACUUGUUGUGCAGUAGAUUGUAUAUCCUUAGAUUUAUGGCACCUACCAUCAUUUUUGCCUAAUGAAUUUUGCCAAGGGGGAAAAAUGCAUAGAGAAAAUUGCCAUGGCGUUUUUGGAGAAAACUGCGCCACAGUUAUCUUGGUUAUAACUAGCUAUGCACCAAAGCCGGGGUUCAGUUCGGGAUUCGGCCUUUUUCAGCAGGAUUUGGCUUCGGCCGGAUACUUGUGCCUGGCCGAAACCAAAUCCUAAUUUGCAUAUGUAAAUUAGGGGCGGAAGGGAAAAAUCACAUUACUUUUUUUCACAAAACAAGGAAGUAAACAUUUUUUAUCCCACUUUUUCCUUUCCCGCCCCUAAUAUGCAUAUGCAAAAUUGGAUUUGGCUGAAUCCCACAUAGUGGAUUUGGUGCGUCCCUAGUCAUAACUAUAGCUUUUCUCAUUCUCAGUGCAGCGUGGUCAGGUUGCUAACUGGCCAUCCCAAAAUGAUCAGGUGCCCUGCAUGAUUAUAAUGCAACAAGCUGCAUGAGAGCAUAUCAUUUUUAAGAAGAAUUUAACCAGCUCUCUGGCUGGUGGCUAAAUCCUGGAGAUGCUAUUCAUAAAUGGAUUUUGCCAACUUUCCGCUGUUGACAGGUUUGAAAUUCUCUAUCUUUAAAUAGACCCGAUGAGAGACCAAAGUAAAGAGAUUUCUCU